CGCGCGAGGCCGCCUUCCCGCCCGGGCCCCUCGGCCCCGGGGAGAGGGAAGACCCUCGGCGCCACGGAGUUGGCGGUUGGGGGGGAGGGUCUGCGCCCAGCGCGGGAAGUUCGCGGGGUCCCGCGGGCUCCUCCAGCCGGCGGGGAGGGGGCGCCCCGGCUGCAAGGGAGAGCCCUUUGUUUACAAACCCGGGGAGUGCGGGGCUGGCGGCUUCUCCUCGGGCCCCCCUCGGGUCGCGGCCCAGCCCCGCUCCCUGCGCCCCCGGCCGCCGCCUCCUGCGCCGCGCGGGCCUCCGCGCCCAUUUGUUGCUCGCGCCCCCUGCACGCCUCCCCCUCCCCGUGGGCGCGCGCCCCCCUCCUCCGGUCCGGGUUCCCCGCUGUAACCUGAGCUGUCUAUUGAUGAAGACACAACAGCUGGGAGCCGGAGGAGAACAUCCUGGACCCGUGGCUGCUGCUGGCCUUCCAGAAGAAGGAACAGGAGAAGGAGGUGCAGAACCGGAAGAAAGGCAAGCGGCCCCGGGGCAGGCCGCGGAAGCUCGCCGUGAUGUCCUCCUGCGGCCGGCUCGCCAAGCUCAAGGAACCGGACACCUCCUCCAAGUGCAAGUCCAGCAGCUCCUCCUCGUCCUCCACGUCGUCCUCCUCUUCCUCUGAUGAAGAGGGGGACAGCGACCUAGACGCCAAGAGGGGCCCCCGCGGCCGGGAGACCCACCCGGUGCCGCAGAAGAAGGCGCAGAUCCUGGUGGCCAAGCCCGAGCUGAAGGACCCUGUCCGGAAGAAGCGGGGCCGCAAGCCCCUGCCCCCAGAGCAGAAGGCGGCCCGGAGGCCCGUGAACCUGGCCAGGGUGCUGAAGACCGCCAGGAAGGACCUGGGGGCGCCGGCCGGCAAGCUGCCCCCUCCGCUCAGUGCCCCCGUGGCCGGCCUGGCGGCCCUGAAGGCCCACGCCAAGGAGGCCUGCAGUGGCCCCAGCAGCCUGGCCACUCCCGAGAGCCUGGCCAGCCUGAUGAAGGGCAUGGCUGGCAGCCCCAGCCGCGGCGGCAUCAGCUGGCAGAGCUCCAUCGUGCACUACAUGAACCGCGUGAGCCAGAGCCAGGCCCAGGCCGCCAGCCGGCUGGCGCUCAAGGCCCAGGCCGCCGGCAAGUGUGGCCUCGGGCUGGACCUCAAGGUGAGGACGCAGAAGGGCGAGCUGGGGUUCAGUCCCCCAGGAAGCAAGCUCCCAAAGGCCCCCGGCAGUGGGGCGAUGGAGCCAAAAGGGGGGGCCGGGGGGCCCCCGCACGCCCACAGUAGCAGCAAGGUGCCUGCCGGUGGCCUGGGCCCUCAGCCUGCCCCCACCCAGGAGCUGAGCCUCCAGGUCUUGGACUUACAGAGCGUCAAGAAUGGCAUGCCAGGGGUGGGCAUGGUCGCUCGCCAUGCCACAGCCGCCAAGGGUGUCCCUGCCGCUGUGUCCGGCGCUGGGAAGGGUGCUGGGGCUGGCCCCGCCGGGGGCAACGGAGCCGGCGUGCUGACCGACACCAGCAAGAGUGAGAAGCUGGCCUCCCGGGCUGCCGCGCUGCCCGCCCCCGCAGGGAAGAGGGACUGUGGCCAGGGCAGCGCGGCCCCCGGAGGGCAGGAGGGGCCUGGGGCCCCGGGCGACGCACGCAGAGCGGCCGCGCUGUCAGAGAUGAGCACCGGCGAGGAGAACAGCAGCUCAGACUCGGACCCGGACUCGGCCUCGCCGCCCGGCGCCAAGCAGAGCUUGUCGGUGUCGGUGCAGACCAGCCAGGACUGGAAGCCCCCCCGCAGCCUCAUCGAGCACGUCUUUGUCACCGACGUCACCGCCAACCUCAUCACGGUCACCGUGAAGGAGUCCCCCACCAGCGUGGGCUUCUUCAGCCUGCGGCACUACUGACGCCGUGGCUGUGUCCGUGGCCGCCGCCGCCUCCCCGCCCCGCCCUGGCCUCCGGUUUGGCUCCAGUGAGUGACCCACACCCCAGGCCACUCCAGGGCAGGCGGGAGGCCUCCCGGGCCCACCCCUGCCUGGGGCGUCGGGCCGGGUUGUACCUCGAUGCCUUGCUGGGGCCUGGCCGCCCCGUUCCUACCUCGGCCUUCGCUUCCCUGUGGCCUCAGGAAGUCUGGGCACCCCCUGCAGCUCGAGCCAAAUCUUGGAACUGCCCUCCUGGCUGUGGUGACGGCUCCUGGUUCCCAGGGGCACAGUGUUCCAGGAGGGAACUUCUGGGCCAGCGUGGCUGUUCUGCCCGGUGGCACAUGGCUAUUGGGGUGGGGGGGGGGAGCCGGCCUGGAGGACCACACCAGGGCAGGUGGACUAAGAUGGGGGGGAGCCGUGGCCUUGCUGUCAGAACCCCCCCCGAACUGUGCCUGAGCUGUCAGGGGAGGGGAUUUCAUCUCCCUGUCGCUGUCCCCUCCCCUGACAGCUGAGGGCUGUGUGGGUGGGGGAGGCAGGGACCCUAGAGCGGUUGCUUUGGUGCUAUCUAACCUGGGGCCGCUGCGCUGGGCAAGUCCCUGAGCUGUUGCACCUGGAGAGCCAGCCUCUGGGUUUAGGGGGCAGGAGGAGAGGGUGUCGCUCCUGCUGCCUGCCUUCUGCCACCUGUGCCAGGGCCACGCAGUCCUCAUCUCAGCCCCACAAACUGCCCGGGCCUGCUGGCUGGCUGUGCGGGGGCCCACCACCCCUGACAAUCCCCCCACCUCUGGGGGCUCCGUGUCCUUCCCAGCGGAGAAGCUGUCUGCCUGCCUGUGCGUUGGGGGUGCGGGGCAAAAUCAGAGUGGCUCGCCAGGCGGAGGCCCCGGGGAGCUGUCCUGGGCGCGGGAGAGGUGGGCCAGCUGGGGCGUCACCGGGUCUGUAAUGCCAAAAAGGGGGCUUUGGGGGACUCGGUGUUUUUUCCAAUGAUUGGUUAAGUCAGCCAGCCGUGUGGGGCCCUGACUGCUGGAGAUCCGGCUGACACAGGCUGUUCCCCAGGGCGCGCCUGCUACACCUCCACCCCCUUCCCCACUCCCAGCCCCGCCCUCCGUGCCAAAUAGGACACGGACUUUGUAGCCAAAUCUGUUUGAACUGUGUGCCUUUGGGGACAGCCUGUGUCCAGGGCCCCACUGCGGGGUCUCCACAGGAGCUGGGGCUUGAACGCGGCAGCCCCGCCGGCUGCUGCGGGAAUGGUGCCCACCUUGGCAGCCGAGGGCGAGGGGUCCCUGACCACCAGGCUGAAACUGGAAAGUGGGCAGUAAAGGGAAAAUGGCCCCCUGCACGCCCAGGCGGGGGAGGAAGGGGUCCCAGCAUAUACUGGGCCUCUGGCUCCGGCCUCCCCUGCUGUCCCCUGGGUGUGAUCAGAGGGGUUCCUCCCCCACAGGGCAGCUGACAGUCGCCCCCCCCCCCCAGCCUGUGGGCGGCCUGCAGCCCCAGCAGCCAGGUCUCGAGACCCAGCGAAUGCCGUGCCUUUCUGUUCACCAGCUGUUUCAAUCCCAAAGUUUGAACCGGCAAACACCUUGCUCCCGGCCACCCUGCCUUGCCGUGCGGUGUGUUUCCUGGGUGCCCUGACUCCGUGCGGUGUGUGCGUGAGUGGACGCAGGUGUGACCGCCUCUGCUGGAGCCGGCCCAGGUGCUCCGAGCUGGGCGCCAUGUUUACCAAUUAAUAAAAGUCCUGUUUUAUUUGCUGCUAUGUGUGUGUGCGCGUAUGCGUGUAUCUAGGCAUCGGUCACACGUCCAGCGUGAGAUUUCCUCGAUCCGCAGGGGCUCCUGCCACGCAGAAAGCACAGUGCGCGUGGAAUGGGUGUCCGGUCCUGUCCCAUCUGCUUCUGUGACUGGGUGGGAAGAAGUAACCGGCCUGCCCUCUUCGGGGGCUGGCAUAUUUUUAUACGUAUAUUUUUGGUACCAAAAAGAGUGCUCCUUGUUUUGGUUACACUCGGAAUUCUGACCUGACUUUCAGAGGGCCUGGGCCUCACUGGAGGUUUCAUUGGGGGUAAACUUUGGGGAAAGACCAGUGCUAUGGGCCAGUGCCAAUCAUUGGCUUGAUUUGUGUGUUUUUUAAUUAAAAGAAAAAGCCAAGUUAUUUGUGUAUACCACUUUUAAUUGCUUUACACUGUGGCUGUUUGCUUUCUUAAAAGAGAACAAGAGUGGGUAUGUUACUUCCCUGGGAAACCUAAGGUGUUUGUUGAUACAGGACAGCAGCCCAGCCCCCAAAUUCAAACAGGACCAACCAGUGAAAGGAAAUGCCUCCCCCAGGAAGCCCACCAAGGUUUGGAGGACAGGGUGGGAGCCUGGGAAAGGUAGUGCCUAGAUGGCCAAAUUUUUGCUCACAUGCAUCUAAAAAUUCUGUGCAUUUUGUAGUAUUUUUGGGAAACUAACACUAGCAAUAGGUUGCAGGGGGUUUUUUAGACAUGUUAAUUUAUUUUGCAGGGGAAAGACAUUAGCAAAUGUGUCAGACCUUUGCCUUUUCACUUAGUGUAUCAAUAAAAAAAUUUUUUUUUA